AGUGACUGGAAGCUAAUUGUUGGCGUCAAUGUGGUAAAAUGCCUGACCAUUCUCCGCUGACAAGGACAGAGGCCACAGUUUGAGUGAUGCAGUCUGCAAUUUCCUAAGAUUUCUAGAUAGAUAAUUUGAUUUCUGGUAGUUAAGCUACAGGGUAAAAAAAAGCCUCUCUUGUGUGGAGUUGAUCUCAUUACUGGGCCUGGAUGAUGCUCAUCACAGUUCGGACGGAUCUGGAGAGGAAAUGGCCCAGAUUAGAGGAUGGGCAGAUGGCGUUAUCAAACCAGCUCUGUAGAGAAAAAAAGUAGUGCGUUUAACAAGGUCUUGCAAUCAAACUGCAGAGACAAAUAGAGGGAGGGAAGGAGUGAUUCACUGAAAAGGUUAUUAAUAUUUCAGACGAUUCACAAUGCUCGGGCAAGAUGAAGGUGAAUUGGGCUGAAUGCAAUGGGUUGUGGAGCACUUUGUUGCAAAGUAUCGGAGUUGCAGGAAGAAGGGAAAAAUGCUAUCAACUUGCCUCUCAGUCCUAUAGCCAUUGAGUUGGAUCGCGAAGACACCAUGCUGGAGGAAAAUGAAGUUCGAACAAUGCUUGAUCCAAAUUCAAAAAAUGAUCCCAAGUUACAAGAACUGAUAAAGGUUUUAAUAGACUGGAUCAAUGAUGAGCUGGUGGAGGAGAGGAUCAUUGUGAAGGAUCUGGCUGAAGAUCUCUAUGAUGGACAAGUGUUGCAGAAGCUCUUUGAGAAGCUGGAGGGUGAGAAACUGAACGUAGCUGAAGUGACACAAUCAGAGAUUGCUCAGAAGCAGAAAUUACAAACUGUUCUUGAAAAAAUCAAUGAAACACUUAAGCUGCCUCCCCGAAGCAUCAAAUGGGACGUCGACAGUGUUCACGUAAAGAGCUUGGUGGCCAUUCUUCACUUGCUGGUCGCUGUCUCCCAGUACUUCAGGGCACCGAUCAGGCUUCCAGAUCACGUGUCCGUCCAGGUGGUGGUGGUUCAGAAACGAGAGAGGGUUCUGCAGUCUCGCCACAUCCAAGAGGAAAUCACUGGCAACACUGAGGCCUUGUCGGGAAGGCACGAACGCGAUGCCUUUGACACCCUGUUUGACCACGCCCCAGACAAGCUCAGUGUCGUGAAAAAGACGCUGAUUACGUUUGUUAAUAAGCAUCUGAACAAAUUAAAUCUGGAAGUUACGGAGCUGGAGACUCAGUUUGCUGAUGGCGUCUACCUGGUACUGCUCAUGGGGCUUGUGGAAGAUUACUUUGUGCCUUUGCACAACUUCUAUCUGACCCCAGACAGCUUUGAACACAAGGUCCACAAUGUGUCCUUUGCGUUUGAGCUAAUGCAGGAUGGGGGUCUGGAGAAACCAAAACCGCGACCGGAAGAUAUCGUGAACUGCGAUCUGAAGUCCACACUGCGGGUGCUCUACAAUCUGUUCACUAAAUACAGGAACGUGGAAUAAUGGGGAAGCUUGACAGCUCUCAGCAGAGACAUUAUUAGCUGGGACCAGACUGACUGUAUCUAAAGGAAUUCGGCACAAUGGAGCAAUCUGUACUGCACUGCCGUACACUCUCAUUCCACGGGGUCCACAUUAUGGCCAAGGUUCUUAUUGAUUGGGAAACAAUUGUACACUCCAAGGGUAAAAAAAAAACAUACUGGAUGCUCAGAAAUCUAAGGCUUCUGUUGCUGUGGGGCAAUUUUGCUAUGUUUGUGAGUUUGUGGCAUAAAGGAAUUCAAGCCAUUUGCCGUAGACAUAACACGAGGUUUACAGAAGACGUGCAUGUGGCAAAUAUUGAAAGAUAAACUGAAAGAGUUCACAAAUGCAUUUUUGUGGCUGAAUUCCACCCGUGCACCCCCCUCCCCCCCCCACCCACCCACCAACACCAACCCCUACAGGACCGUCCCAGAUUACGGAAGCUAUAGACAAUUUACGUGCCUAGUUUCAGCAAAUGCCACCCGACUUACUGGAAAACAUAACACCCUGGUCCUGACUUUGGAUUCUUAUAAUAAUUUUAAAUAAUCCUUAUGUUUGAUAUAGCACCUUUUACUUCAG